UAUUAUAAUAGAUGCAAAAUUAGAAUCUGGUAGAAUCUAUAUUUCCUCUCAACCUGAUUACUUCAAGUCUCUUCUGAAAACUGUUAAAUAUUUAAUGAAGGGAUUAAAUAGGAGGGUAUUUAAGAAAUGGGUGGGUCACUCUGGGUGUUUAUAAAUCCUGUGUCUUGCUUAGUUGUCCACUCAUCUCUGCAGAAUCUGGAUACCUCUUCCCAAGAUGGAUUUGAACAGCACUGCAAGUGGUAAAUUCCCAUCUGUGUUUUGCUCUCUUCUUUGAUAAUGCCACAUGCUUUGUUUAUUUUCCAGAGUUUAUAAAAAGUAAAAUCCCAAUUAUGAUUAGAGAAAUAGAUUGUUGAAGCAGGGGCUGUUUUGCAGUGGUAAGUUGUAUCAGGGGAUUGAUGGGUGCUUUGAAGUUAGAGAAUGCAAUUUCAAAUUUAAGAGAUGGCCGUGAGUCCCAUAUGUGGGUUUUCAAAAGUCUUAAAGUUAACACUUUAAAUGGAGAAAAAUAUAUAUGAAAUACAUAAUAUUUUACGUUUAGUCUAUAUCUAAUAAUUUAACAUUUUAUAUUUAUUUAAAUGUAUUUUCUCAUAAAGUAACAGUUUUGUGUACUGUAUUUUAUUUAUCCUUUUAAUGUUUUUCAUAUUUUACUUGUUUCAUUUCCAUUUAUCUUCCUAACUCCUAUUUUCUUUGCAUGUAAUUUUGUGGAUUUGUAGUAACUUCUUCCUUUGGUAACUCAGAGAUGACAGAUUGUCAUUUUUUCUAUUAUAUAUAUAUUUGACCUAUAUGUCUCCAAUUUUUUCUUUUGGCCACGCUGGGCUGCUUGUGGGAUCUUAGUUCCGCAACCAAGGAUUGAACCCAGGCCCUUGGCAGUGACAGCAUGGAGUCCUAACCACUGGACCACAAGGGAAUUCCCAUGGCUCCAAUUUAGAAUGACUUUAGGUAUAUCCCUAAAGUAAAAAUACAGAAUAAUCACUGGAUCUACAGACUUUCAACCUGAAAUAAGAUAUAUGCUCACCCAGUUUUUAAUCCAUAAACAUAUCCUUCAUACUUCUCCCCAUUUCUCUUCAUCAGACAUACUAUUACGAAAAGAAAUCUGGCAAGGCAAGAUUAUUUACAACCAGAGUCAAAAGACUAUCCUCCAAGCAUGGUUUGAACAUGACCUUUACCCUGAAAAAGCAAACAGGAAACAACUGGCCAAGGAAACUGGCAUUCUAGAAUCUAAAAUUCAGAUUUGGUUUAAAAACCACAGAGCAAGACAGAGCCAACUGGGGUUCAGCUCCUCCUUAGGAGAAGACCAAACCCAUGGACAGAACCAGCCUCAGCAGGUCAGCACUAUCUUCUCAAGUCUGAGUUUCCAGCUUGAAUGCAAAAAUGUCCUAAAAACCCUUUUGUCCCUGUGUUUUCUUUUAGAAUACUUACCAAAAGGAGCCACACAAGACCACACAUCCGUUCCAAGAUCUCAAUCAAACAUUCUAGUUCAAGCCUUCAAGAGGAACCAAUUCUUUGACAUUGCAAACAGGAAAACACGCCAAACAGGCAUUCCAGAAUCGAGAAUUCAAAUGUGGUUUCAGGACCCAAGAUCUCUGUACCCUGGGCAGAGCAGAAGUGAGCCUGUGAAUUCCUUGGUAGAUGACCCAAAUGGGAGACCUGUUCUUUCAGCAGGAACCAACCAUUUCAAACCUGUUCCUCUCCCAUCCCACGUAUCCUCUGUCCCUUUUGUGAUCCAAGGACAAACUGUCAUGAUGCAGCCCAUGCAGGCUGUGCAGAGAGGGGAGAACUCUCCCUCUACUCUAACACUUGGGAAUUAUGUGCCAGUACUGCUGACUAUGGGAGGAGACCCAGAUACUCAGUAUCCUUUCUGGCCCCAACACCAAGAAGAAUGCCAGGAUCACCAAGAACAGACGGACAGGGGAGUCCUGCAGUUGGAAGACUAUUCUCAGCCUCAAGCUGAGCACAAAAAACCACCACGACAGGAUCUGAGCCAGGUGGACAUAUCUUACUUUCCACAGUGGUGGGAUGAGUGCUGCCAGGCUCUGAUUGCAGAGUGGGAUCCUCAAAAAAGGACCCACUGAGACAGACUGGUGGCCACAGCACACAGAGUCAGCUGGAGAACCAUCUCAUGCCCUCAGCCAACC